GGAGGUCAGGCUAGAUGAUCAUAACGGUCCCUUCUGACCUUAAAGUCUAUGAGUCUAAGCAGUAUAAUUGUCAUUUAAAAGUGGUGGUAAGGUGACAGCCAGUGCUUUUCCACAAGAUUGCACAGGUGACUCUGGGUUCUGGGGUGGUAAUAUGUGAAGUUCUAGGCUGCAGGGUAUGUGUGGAUUGUUACAUCUUUUUGGGAGAAAGCAGGAACAGAGUACAUGAUGUUCGGUGGUAAGAGUUAGGGGACCUAAAUUCUAUUCCUAGCUCUGCUUCUGACUUACUUUCUGACCUUAGCCAAGUUUCCUUCAACCCCAUGCUUCAGUUUCCCCAUCUGUAGAAUGGGGCUAAUGAUACGGACCUUCCUGUGUAAAACACUUUGAGAUGUACAGAUGAAGAGUGCUACAUAACAGCUAAGCAUAUUAGGUGCUGCUCCCUAAAAGCAUAGCUGCAGCAUUGUGCUAACCGAAUGACAGCAGAGUUCUGAAGUAAGGGGUGUGAUCCAGUUAACUAAAUCCAUGACAGUGGGGUAGGAAUUGCUCAGGUUUCAACAGUUGAUUGUACUUUGGAUGGUGGUGCUGCUUUACAGUACUUAGAAUUGGGAUGGAUUUUGUUAAAAAAAAAACAACUGAAUCCAGGAGUCCCUAGUAUCAUUCUUUACUGAGGGAGAUGUUUCUGGACAAUUUAUUGCACAAACAUUUAUAAAGCAAGCCUCUAGAAAUAUGCUAUUUUUUUCCAUAGUGUCAGUUAAAUGCCCAUACACUAACUACAUCAUAAGUUGGCAUGGUUCCAUUGAUUUUUGCUGAUGUUGAUACACAUCUCAGGGACAGGGCAUAACCAGUAUUUGAACCCAGGACUACCAGCAUCCAAAGCUGAGGUGCUUAUCCUGGGCCACAAAGCCAUUCAUCAGAGGUUGGUGCAUUUAUGCCAGUGGCAAAGUUAGCCCUUUGUUGAUGCCAUUCAUUUUGGUUAAUUAAUUUGAUGUAUUUUUUUUUUGUAGGCUACUGCAGUGAUGGGCUUGUGGUGCAUUAGUUCUGAGAAACAGCUUUGUGACUUUAAGAGGAUACCAUGUAGAACUGGAGAGGGGGAAGAUAAUACACCAGUGUGGUCAUUGUCACAUUACUGCAAUAGUGCCUGGAGGUCCCAGCUGAGAUCAGGGCUCCGUUGUGCUAGGAGCUCUACAAACACAUCCUGAGAGACAGUCCUUGCCCUGAGCUGCCUACGGUCGAGUUAGGAUGGAAGAGGAAACUGAGGCACAAAGUGGGGGAGGGAGGCGAAGAGCAUGCCGCAGGUCAGUGUCAGAGCCAGGUCAUUUGUCCCAGUGCCCUGCACACUAGACCAUGCUGUCUCCCAAUGGUCAGUUGUGUAGGUUGUCAUGGUGAAGUGAGAUCUAGCAGUGGCUGUGGUUUACAUGAAUUCUGAGGCAGUAUCAGAGCAGCUAAGCAGAGAAGGGAGCCAAUAACUAUCCAUCUGGCUAAACAAGCCUUUCUCCCCCUCUCUCUAGCCUCGGCCUCUUCUUGUGUCAGGGAGCCUGUGGGGAAGAAUGCAAACGGCAGCUGUAAGCCAGGGAUACAGUACACAGGGAGGGGGCACGAAGAGGCUGACUGGGCGCUAUCCAAUACCCAACAAGAAGGACCUGCCGUACGAUAUAGUGGAGCUCAUGGAAGAAGUAGAGAUGAAGAGUGGAUUUUUGCCCAAUGUGUUCCGUGCGAUGUCUCAUCGGCCUGCGGAAUUCAGAGCAUUCUUCGCAUAUUACAAUGCCAUCAUGAACAAAGAGACAGGAAGACUCAGCAAGGCUGACAAAGAACUUAUUGUUGUGGCUACAAGCGCUGUUAACAGAUGCCCCUACUGUGUAAUUGCACACAGUGCGUUACAUCGGAUAUAUUCUAAAAAGCCCGCCUUGGCGGAUCAGUGGCAGGAAGGUCUGAAAAUUGCUUUGUGGGGACCAAAUCCUGAUGACCUCUGCAUAGCCCAGGUUGUUGUGAAUUGGAAACUGGCCGAUCUAAGUGAACGGGAGCAGGCAAUGCUGGAGUUUGCUGUUGCAGUCAGUCACGCUGAUAACAUAACUGAAGAGCACUUCCAAAAGCUGGAGGCUCAGGGUUUUGACCAGGAAGAUGCUUGGGACAUAGGCUCAAUUGCCUCCUUUUUUGCCAUGUCUAAUCGUAUAGCUCACUUUACCGAUCUGCGUCCAAACGAAGAAUUCUACACCAUGGGCAGAAUACCUCGGGAUAAGGAGAAGGCAGAAACUCUCUAAUGCUGCCCACAAUUUUGUGAAAACAUAUCAAGCACUUAAUGCUGUGGCUAAUGUUGCUAGUUACAGAAUAUACAUAAAAGGCACAAGCUAAUAGCCGAUUGUUACCAGAAGAGAUCAGAUGGGGAAAUGGGUUACGCUUUCCUCCAGCGUGCAAAAAGCUGGGAAAGGGUUUUCAGCCAUGGACCAGUCAUAAUGCUUUUAAUUCCUAAAGUAGCUGCAAGAUCAAAACUUUUGUCUUAAACCUUGUUUAGAUUGUGAUAAACUGGCUGGAUAACAUAUUGUGAUUUAUAAACAAGGGCUGCAUGGCAACUUUUUCAUCACGUCUGUAAUAUUAGAGUAAAUGCCAGAUGAGCUUUUGAGUCUCUAUAGUAUCGUACCCUUGUCAGACAGUGAAGGGCUGUAAUAAUUUCUCAUGGCACUUUUGCUAAUUAUCAGAGAUUAAUGUAUCAAUAAGGGUUGGGGAGAAGGGAAUGUCCUUCUCAGCCCUAUUAAUUACUCUUAUGUGAUCCUGCCGUGAAAACAUAAUGCUGCUGCUGUAAUAGCACAAUCAUUCCAAAACAUCCCACUGGUGUCAGUGGAAAGUCUCUGCUAGGCUUCAUUGGAAGUUGGAUCAGGCCCUUAGUGCCAGACUGAGCAGAGCUGUGCAGUGCAGGUGUGACAGUGGGAAGUAUUUACUCAAUCACAGGUCCCAUAUCAGCAGUAACAGGCCUGUAGAGUCACUGACAGUGAAAUAUUUUUUCUUUUUUCUUCAAAUGCUCAGAUGAAGAAAUUCUCUUGACUGAAUGCUGAGUGGUGAAGAAAUCAAGUGUUUGUAUGCAUGAUAUGGUGUUACCAACUCUUGCAAUUUUAUCAAAGGUCUUGUGAUAUAUGGUGUUUUUCUUAAAGCCCUACCUGCUGGAGUGAGGUGAUUGUGGAAGAGAAUCUCAGAUUCCAUUCUUUAAAAAAGAAAGUUUCUAGCCCUCACUGUUGCAGAGAAAAGCUUGAAAACAUGACUCGUGCACCCUAAAGGCUUACAAACCUCAUGACAAAGAACUGCCCGGUUUACUUUGUCAAAUCUCUUGAUUUCUAUGACAGUCUCAUAAUGUUUUACUGUCUGAUCUAUGAUUUUUCAACACUUUGGGUUGGCAACACUGCAACUAACUUUCCUCUAUCCAAUCUGUUUCUCACAACUUUUCUAAAAUGUCUCUUUUGUAAAUGGAUCAUGGACAAACUCCAUCCACUCCCCAGUAGUUAAGAAACAUGAUUUUCUUGCUGGAGUUGUUUUCAACACAAAACCAUGUCUGGGAAAUGCAAUUGUCUUACCUUGUGUGUAUUUUAAACUAAAGGUAAUAUUAAGGUUCUUGACUCAACUUUUAAUCACAUAGGUUAAAAAAUAUAACCCUUUUUUGAAAAUGGUU